GAAAAUAUCCCUACAUUUUAAAUGUAGCUUCGAAAACUUGUAAAAUUUAAAAAACUGACAAAAUUAAUAACCAAAAAAAAUUGAACAAAACUUUUGGGCAAAAUUCGGGAUUGCAGCUCCAAAAGGUUGUCUUUCAAAAUUGUUGCUACACAGAAGGAGUCCCUCACUGCCACCGCUCAGUCUCUUUAUAUUUUACACUCACUGGCUUGUGUGCAAUAUGCUGCGAUCCCGCUGGCAUCAAUCGGACCAUGGCACUGAGGAGCGCAUGUGCUGGAUAUGCUUGAAUACGGACGAGGAGCUGCGUGUGCCCAGCACUUGGCUGCAGCCCUGCCUCUGUCGGGGCACCAACAAAUGGGUGCACGAGGCAUGUCUCAGCCGCUGGAUUGACGAGAAGCAACAGCUCAAUCCCGAUGUGUCCGUUAGUUGCCCCCAAUGCCACACUGAAUACAUUAUUGUGAUGCCACCGAUUUGCCGAUUCGAUGCAAUACUCGAACGUGUUGAGAAGACUUACGGUUUGCUGUGUCCAAGCGUCUUGAUGGGCAUGCUGGCCACGGUAUUCUACAUAGCCACAUUGUCGUAUGGUGCGCUGACAAUGCAUCAGAUUGCUGGCUAUGAGCGCAGUUUGCAGCUGAUGAAGGAUGAUCCGACAUUACUGAUGAUUGUGUUGCCAUCGGUGCCGGCGGGAUUGUUGCUUCUGCGUCGCCUCGAUUGGGACAGUUGGCUGGUGCGUUGGCUGCGACGGCGACAGCGUCAGCCAAUGGCACGCGAGCAUUUGGAUGAGCAUGGCGAACCAUUGCCGGGUGCUCCGCUGGACGAUGAGUAUUUCGAUGGCAUGGAACCCAUUGACGACGGCGAUAUGCUGCAAGGCGGCACACUGAACACCGAAAAUAUUGAACGUGCUACCUGCCGCUUUUGCACCAUACUCAGCUUGCCCACAUUUUCGGUGCUCAUUGGACAGACGCUUUACAGUAAUUUAAACAGCAGAAUGCUGAGCAUACUGCUGGGCGCCAUUACGUUUGAGGUUGUGAAGGGUUUGAUUUGGGUUUAUAUGCGGCAAUGUAAAUAUUAUCGGCGGCGUUAUCGCAGCGUGUUGAACUACACGGCUGAGAAUGUAGAGCUCAGCGGCAGAUCCAUUUAAUUUUAAAUUCCAAAGUACACAAAUAAAAAUUUCACUUCAAAUAUAAGCUUGCCAAGUAACUGGAGCCCACAAAUUCAAAAAUGUCCACACAGUUGCGGGAUUUGAUCGUUUAUCGAUAGCAGCUGUAACUGUUAAAUGUAACUGUAACUGCAUGGCUAUCGAAAUCAUUUUAUUCAAAAUAUUAUUUCACUGAAAUUCAAUUUUGAUUAUGAGGGACGCAUUGCAUUUGUUAUACUUAUUUGGAAUGUACACAAAUAAAAUUGUUAUUCAAAUAACUAAUAAAUUUAU